UGCAGGAGGCAGGUCUCUUCCCCGUGCAUCAUUCUGCUCUGCAGCAUAAGUCACUGUCUCGCCAACCAUGCUGUGCUGUCCCUAAACCCUCACAUCUCCCCAUCUGAGAAUCAGAUCAAGUAAUCCUCUUACAGGUCAAUGAUUUUUCAGUGUAGCUUCGUUUCAGGGAUUUAAAUUCGAUUCAUAACGUGUCACCAUUGCGUUGAGAUGGAAAGGCUCGUUUAGAAGGGGCUUGGCUGCCACAAAAGCGUGGAGGUGUCUGUCCCGCCAGCACAGAGAGAAAGUGGGAAGGAGGAGACCCAGCAGCAGUGCCAGCCCUGCACUGAAAAUGAAGGCUCUUCUGUUGCUGGUCCUACCUUGGCUAAGUCCUGCAAACUACAUAGACAAUGUGGGCAACCUGCACUUCCUGUACUCCGAGCUAUGUAAAGGAGCAUCCCAUUAUGGCCUUACCAAGGAGCGGAAGAGACGUUCCCAAGACUGCUCUCCGGACCAUAGCUCCAGUUUAGCCGUGGCCGCUCUGGGCCCUGAGCUCUCCGCAGCCGCGGCCAUAGCCUUAAUGACAGACGAGCCGGGGCUGGUGAACCCAGCCUUCAGCCCAACUUCAGAGGACAGCCAGGCGGGCAGCAGUCCGGGAGACCCGCAUCGCAGCAGCCGGCACAGAACUCGACACUUUGAACGGUCCACUACAAGAAGCAGAUCUUUUAAAAAAAUAAACAAGGCGUUCAGUGUUCUUCGAAGGACAAAAAGUGGGAGCGCAGUUUCCAACCAGGCUGACCGGGAAAGGGAGACUGUUGGAAAUUCUGUCGCUGGAGAGGAAGGUUUUCCCAGAUUGUAUCACCUGAUUCCAGAUGGUGAAAUUACCUGCAUUAAGAUCAACCGUACUGAUCCCAGUGAAAACCUGGCCAUUAGGAUCGUGGGAGGCAGUGAGACUCCUUUGGGUCACAUAAUUAUUCAGCAUGUUUAUCGAGAUGGGGUAAUCGCCAGAGAUGGAAGAUUGUUGCCUGGAGACAUGAUACUAAAGGUGAACGGCAUGGACAUCAAAAAUGUGCCUCACAACUAUGCCCUGUCAGUCCUGAAGCAGCCGUGCCAAGUGCUCCGGCUCACCGUGCUCAGAGAGCAGAGGUACCGCUGCCGAAACAGCAGCCUCUCCUUCGAUGCUCGCUGCAGCAGGGAUGACAGUUUCCACGUUGUUCUGAACAAAAGCAGUCCAGAUGAGCAGCUGGGAAUAAAACUGGUCCGCAAGGCAGACGAACCUGGGGUAUUUAUUUUCAACUUGCUGGAAGGAGGAGUGGCUGCCCGUGAUGGACAGCUUCAGGAGAACGACCGCGUUUUAGCUAUCAAUGGGCACGAUCAUCGCUACGGCAGUCCAGAAAGUGCAGCCCAGCUGAUACAGGCCAGCGAGAAGCAGGUUCACUUCCUCGUGUCCCGGCAGAGCCGACAGCAGCCCCCCGACAUCGUGCAGGAGACGGGCUGGAGCUACAGCGGCAGGCCCCCGCCACCCCCCGAGAAACAGCCCCAGCAAGGUGAGGGCUCACGCUCCGCCCUGUACGCCGUCACCUGCCACGAGAAGGUUGUGGCUGUCUGGAAAGAUCACACCGAAUCCCUGGGAAUGACUGUGGCAGGGGGGGCCACUAACCGGGAGUGGGAUUUGCCUAUCUAUGUGAUAAGUGUCGAACCUGGAGGAGUUAUCAGCAGAGAUAGCAGGAUAAAAACAGGUGACAGCCUGGUGAACGUGAACGGGAUCGACCUGACAGGAGUCAGCCGGAGUGAGGCUGUUGCCCUGCUGAAAAACACUAGCUCGUCGGUGGUGCUCAAAGCCCUGGAGAUGAAGGCAUGCGAACCCCAGGAGGAGAGGAGCAAGGUGCCACUCCCCAAGUCCAUGCACAGCAUCUCUGAGAGCAGCGAGUGGUCGCCCUCCUGGGUUAUGUGGCUGGGACUGCCGCGGUAUUUGUACAGCUGCAAAGAAAUCAUAUUACGAAGAAAUACAGCAGGAAGUCUUGGCUUCAGCAUUGUAGGAGGUUAUGAAGAACAUACUGGGAACAAACCAUUCUUCAUCAAAUCCAUUGUUGGGGGAACACCAGCAUAUAAUGAUGGAAGAAUUAGAUGCGGCGACAUCCUCCUUGCUGUCAAUGGCAGGAACACAUCAGGAAUGAUGCAUGCAUGCUUGGCAAGGAUGCUCAAAGAACUAAAAGGAAAAAUUACUCUCACUAUUGCAUCCUGGCCUGGCACUUUUUUAUAAAACAAGUCUUCAUGGACAGUAUGACAAGUACUUUAACACAGGAAAAACAUGGAUUUCAGUCACCCUCACUUUUGGCAGCGGGGGGAGGGGGGGGAGGGAAUCAAAUGCGUUUAUAAGGAAAUGGUUUGUGAAAUUUUAACCUGCAUGUCAAGAAAAGUCGAGUUUAGGCAAAGCAGAGACACCUGUCAGAGCAUCACUUCAGAGUGACUGAAGUUACAGACUUAAGUCUUUGUUUCCCCUGUUCUUAAGUAAGUUUUUUUUUAUAUAUAUUUAUAAUGCAUCAUAAUGAUCAUGCAAUUUAAGGAGCAGCAAUAGCUCCUGUUCACCCACUUUAUUUUGAGUUAUAAAAAUAAAUUUAUGAAUAACUUCUGGAAAAAUUCCUAGCACUCUGAUGAAGUACUUUUCUAAUCGAAAAAAAUCAGGUGAAGGUUUUCACCCAACACAGUAAUAGCACUUUGGUUACAUGUACCUUUUUCAUGGUCAGCAUGAAGCUGGUAUUUUCAAGACUUUCAAGUAUUGCUUAUUAGUCUGUAAAGCUGUGAAUUAAAUUUUACUUCUAAAAUUAUUAAAAAUAACUGUAACUGUGUACUUGUACAGACAUUAUUUUCACCCCAAAUCAAAAGAACUAUUUUUCCUGAUAGCUUCUAAUUAAUAUUAAUAAAUCUAGGAUUUUUACAUAGAAUUUUUUUUUCAAAUAAGCAUACUGCACUCUGCUAAUCUCAUCAAGUACGACUCCUAAAUACUACCCUGACAAGAGCAGUAUCUUUUUUUUGCAGGACUGCCAUGCCAAUCUCACUUGAUAGUGUUCUGGCUGGAGUAAAUCUGAAAGUGAUAGAUUUAUUUUUUCUUUAAAAUAGUUCUUUACCUUUCUCAGCAAACUCAAGUUUUGAAAUCUUUUAUUUUUUCCUGAAAAGCUAACAAUGGGAAGAUGUGUUCCUUAAUCUUUACCAUGUUAAGGACAGCUGUCCCCCUCUAACACAGACCACAAUGAACUUUCUCUUAAGCCACUGAAAAGGAGUAGGACAGAUGUCCAGCUUAGUUUAUCCUUAUGCACCUAAACAAACUAGACAUAAUUACCAAGUGCAAGACCACUACAGUCAGUGUUCCAUCAGAUUAAAACCAGUCAACAACUUCCCAGGUUUUCCCUUUUUUUUGUUGUUUCACUUCAGAAUAAGGUUCUCAAAGUGUCUGGAAUUCCUCCUUGUCCCUGUAGUAAAGGAUGACCUUUUCAGAUAUGAACGCCAAGGGCUAUACUAAACUCAUAGUAAUCCAGAUGUCAGUAUCUAAUAAAGUGAAUGCAAACUGCUUCUAAACCCAGAAGAAUAACCUUCCUGCUGGACUAUGGAAAAAAGGAGUCAAUUUAAUACGGAGAAUUCAAGCCCUACAUAUACAGCAAGAGCAUCAGCAUCUA